UAACGCACCGACACCACACGCGGAUCGACAAGAUCUAUAAAUACUUAUAAAUUGUACGAACGAGCGGCGUGAAAAUUGUUUUGAUUUUUUUAUUGAGAGUCGAGUAGUGAGUGAACCAACAACAUUUCAUUCAACUUUUCGCAAAACGUUAAUUGAAAUCUAAGAUUGACGUCACAAGAUUCUAAUCAGUUUGGGGCAAUUAUUAUAGUCAUAUGAGUGCAAAUUUCCUGAAGUUAAUCGUCAGCAAAGAAGCACACACACACACACACUCAAACUCAAGCUCUAGAAAGCCUCACAACGAGUGCCCUUGAGUGAUGGCAUAAUUAGAAUUAUAAUUCUAAGACAUAAUCGGCAGCUCAAGUCCCUCAAUUAAAUUCAAGCCAAGGAAACUGAAUCUGGGCACAACUAAUUACGCAUAAUUUAUAUGUGACAACAACAGUGACAAGCAAAUCAAAGUAACUGAAUAUAAACAUAAAUACGAUUAUAUAUAGAUGUAUAUAUAGCAUAAUAAAGAUCAGUGGAAGCGCUGAUUAACGGUCAUAUAGUCAAUAUAUAACAUAUACGUUUAACAAUUGUAACGAGUCGGCAAAAAAAAAGAGGAAAAGUAAAACAUUAAAGUAAUUGUGAACAACUGUUCGAAAAAGUUAACGGAGCAGGCCGUGUGGCACCGGCCACAGAGCUUACAACAUUCCGCUGCAAGCCUUAUAAAGUGGGUCAGUCUUUGGAUAACUGCCACAACUGCCGCACACUCGCACUGCACAAGAAAUAUCAAAAGUUACGAUUACCAAAUAUGUGCACAAUAUUGUUAAUGCAACGUCCAACAGCAGCAGCAGCAGCAACCGGCAGCAGCAGUAUCGGCAACGGUGGCAACAACAUGUUGUGGCUGUUGUUAUUGCUGUUGCUGCUAUUGAGCGGACACAUCGAGCCAGUGGAUGGCCACAAAGUGACGGCCAGCCUCAUUACGAACCACAACUAUCCAGUGGAGGAGCACACCGUACACACUCCGGAUCAUUAUAUACUCACCAUCUAUCGCAUACCCACCUCACCGAAACUUGAGCCUCACAACGAUACGGCACAGAAGCCAGUUGUCUUUCUGCAGCAUGGCAUCCUUUGUGCCUCGGAUGAUUGGAUCAUCAAUGGGCCAGAGACAUCGUUGGCCUAUAUGUUCGCCGAUGCUGGAUACGAUGUUUGGCUGGGCAAUGCUCGAGGUAAUACGUAUUCCCGUCAGCACAAGCACAUACACCCGGAUACUACGGAUUUCUGGAAAUUCAGUUGGCAUGAGAUCGGUGUAUAUGAUCUGGCUGCCAUGCUGGACUAUGCGCUGGACGUGAGCAACACAAGUUCACUGCAUUUCGUAGCCCAUUCUCAGGGCACAACCACCUACUUUGUGCUAAUGUCUUCGCUGCCAUGGUACAACGAAAAGGUGCGAUCGGUGCACUUGUUGGCUCCCAUUGCCUAUAUGCGAAAUCAUUCCUUCAUACUGUCCAAGCUGGGAGGCAUCUUUCUGGGCUCGCCGUCGUUCAUCAGCUGGGUGCUGGGCAACAUGGAACUGCUGCCCAUUACCAGCAUACAGAAGUUAUUGUGUGAGCACGUGUGUUCCGAGGGCUCAAUGCUGAAGUUUCUGUGCUCUGGCCUUUUGGAUUUCAUUGGUGGUUGGGGCACCAGGCAUCUGAACCAUACUCUUCUCACUGAUGUCUGCGAAACGCAUCCUGCGGGAGCUUCAACCACCCAAAUCAUUCACUAUAUGCAGCUUUACACCUCGGGAGAUUUUCGGCAAUAUGAUCAUGGCAAGGAACAGAAUGAGAUCAUCUAUCAGCAGUCGACGCCGCCCUCGUACAAUGUGAAGAACAUCAACAGUUGUGUUCACAUGUAUUAUAGCGAUAAUGAUUAUAUGUCCGCGGUGGAGGAUGUAGAGUAUUUGGCAACGUUAUUGCCUUGCGCUGAGCUCUAUCGUAUACCGUAUAAAGACUGGAAUCAUUAUGACUUCUUGUGGUCUGUCAAUGUGAAAGAAGUGAUAAAUGAUAGAAUAAUAGAUAAAAUGCUUAGUUAUGAUAUUGAACACGCAACGGGUAUGAGUUUCUAAAUACGUAUAUUAGUGAUAAACAGCACUGACAUCCCAAAAAUCAAAUGAAGCAAGACAGAACAAACGUAAAAGCCUAGUAAAACCCCAAAUGAAAAGUGGCAAAAGUUUAAAUGUAAAUAAUUGUAUAUAAUAUGGUUAGCAAUGAGCGUGUGCGUGAUAUAUUUGUUAAUAUUUAGCUUAUAAGCUGCAAAAGGUUUGUGAAAUGCUUGUUAAAAAAAGUAAAAUAGCUUUAAUUACUCUGUACAAUAAAACAUAUAUAUUUUGUUACCUGAAA